AUGGCUGCGGGACAAAACCUAGAUGUUUCGAAAAAGUUGAAGGCUGCAAUAAAAGCGAAGCUGGAGGAAUUGGGAGUGUAUGUGGACGAUGAGCUUCCCGAAUAUAUUAUGGUCAUGAUAGCGAAUAAGAAAGAGAAGAAUCAAAUGAAGGAUGAUUUAAAUCUGUUUCUGGGGAAAUGCACAAGUAAAUUCGUGGAUUGAAAUCAUGUCCAAUUUGUGAGCGUCGGAUAUUUUUACUCUUCUUGUAGGCUGUUCGAUUUGUUUGAAAGACUCCAGUCAGCAGGCAGCAAGCCAGAUAGUCACUCCGGCUCGGAAAAAUCGAGCAAGGAGAUCCAAAAAGAGCCUGCAAAAGAAAAGGAACGGAGGAAAGAAGUCGAAGUUUCUACAUCAAAAAAAGAAGAUAGGAAAGAGAGCCGAACUCACGAAUCAUCUUCCCACCGGCAAGCCGAAGCAGAAGCGAGGAAACGCGAAGCCGAAAAGGAGCGAGAACGCGAGAGAGACCGAGAA